CUAUAAAAGGGAGAGUGCAGGCCUGUGUUAGACUAUAGCAGACACUCACUUGACACGUUUACUGGCAUUGCUGUGCACAACACCGGUUCAGAAUGAAGUUCACCGUACCAGCCCUCAUAUCUCUGAUCUGCACAGCUGCACUGCUGUCCACAGCUGAAGGUAAACAACCUCGCAUCAAUCUGCGCUGCCAGUGCAUUCAAAAACAUUCAGGACCACCAAUUCCUAUUAAAAAAAUACUGUCAUUGAAGGUGAUUCCUGCUGGGCCAAAAUGCAAAAAUGAGGAGAUCAUUGCUAGAAUGAACAGAGGACAGAUGUGUCUUGAUUCUAAAAAAGACUGGGUUAUUUCUCUCAAGGAUGGAAUGAACAAGAGGAAAGUCAAGAGCCAGUAAUGAAUGAGAAUCACAGUUUUAAAAACACAAAGAGCAACUGAAGAAACUGAUAUAUUCGACUAAUACUACUGUUAUAUAGUAUUUUUAAAUUUAAUUUAUCAUUUCUAGGUGAUAAAUUAAGUAUUGAAUGUAAAAACAUGCUUUUGUUUUAUAAAAUGUGAAGUGAUUUUUUUUUACUGUUACUUUACCUGAUCUUAAUUUUAUAUAUUUAUUGUUAGUGUCACCGAAUUGUAGUUUUUUUUUAUGCUAAUAUAGUUGAUAUUGCUUAAUUAUGAUGAAUUGUGCUUAUGCUAAUAAAAACUGUUUUAUUUGUCAAAAUGGA